AUGGUUGAACGUUUAGAAACUUUUCCAGUUUCUGAUCAUAACAAUGUCGUCAAAAAUAAAUUGAAAAUGGAAGAUACGGAAGUGGAUGACGGCAUUGGGGUUGAUGUCAAUCAAGAUAAUUGGGCAGCAGUUGUAGAACCUUCUCCUUAUUCUAUUGAGAACACCAAAUCUGGUUCAGAUAUGUUGAAAAAUACAACACGACCAUCAUCAUCAUCUUCAUCAAACCAGUUGGAUUCAAAGAAACAAAAUAAAUGCUGUCAGCUAUGUGGAUAUUCCAAUAAGCACAAGAAUGGGAAUCUUAUACGUCACAUGCGUACUCACACCGGUGAGAAACCAUUUCGAUGUGAUAUUUGCCGCAAAAACUUCUCGAGAUUGGAAAAUUUGAAGCAGCACAAAGUGACCCACAUCAAAGAAAUUCCGUUCCAUUGCCGCGGCUGUUUCGAUGGAUUUUCACAAGAGACCGAAAGAGACGCCCAUGAAAAAGUGUGCAAAUCGCGUCGAUAUGAAUGCCAUAUCUGCAAGAA